AAGUCAUCACAAAAUACUUAAGAACUUUUAAAACAAGUAUUUAUGGUCAAAUUAAUGUUGUAGAAAAUAAUGCUUAUGCCGUUGAAUGAAAAAGGACACUAAUGUGAUUAACGUCUUAAAUAUUUUAAAUAUUUAUACAGUAUGAAAUUGUAUGUAUAUUGGGGAAAUGAAAAUGUGUGAGUGCAAUGUGAUCUGUGUGUGUGUUUCUGAAUGUAUUCAUGUGUGUUUGGAUUCUCAGUCGAAUCGUGCCAGAAUCGCCUCACUGACCCUCCGGCCUUGAGAUCUCAAACGUCUGGGAUUGGUUACAAAUGAACACAAACCCGUUUCACAUUCCCCCGCAAACUAGACCCUUUCUCUUCUCCUUCUCCUCUUGGUCUGUGGCUCUAGAUAAAGCUGUCGGUGAGCCUCCAUGACACCCAGUUCAGCAGAUGAAGCUCACCUGCCCCAAUGCUGGGAUUUCACUCUGAUCCCUCAGUCCCCAAUUAAAGUCCCUCACCAGACCAUCGCCUGCCCACCAUCACCAUACUCAUCACGUCAAGCCAAAGGGACCCCUGUGUGCUCAACAGAACCGGCUUUACUCCCGAAGACUCUGUAGAGAUGGAUGUUUCAGUGGAGACUGUGCUGGACAGUUGUGAUCCUGUUCCGCCUCCAACAGACGAAAGCCGGAUGGCAUUGAAUGACGAGGAAGAGGAGAAGACCAGAGGGGUUUCUUCAUCUGAGAAGGGUUCCUUCUACACCCGUCACCUCCGCAACUACAGAGAUCAUGAGGACUUCCAUCGGUCUGAAGGACCAUCCCUCUCAUGUCAUAAUAAAGCUCAACACCCAAACAAGAGCUGUUCCAAGUUCAGGCAAGCUGUUGAUUGCGAGAAUGAUGGUUCGCUUCUGGAAGCAGGUGGAGACCUUGGAAAAACACCAAAAUACAGCAUUUUGGAGAAUGAUCUAUAUGGUCCAGUGUUGAAGGAUGAGAUCAGGGCUGUGAGCGUAAAUGGUACGGUCGUUAUCCCGGAGCCCGUGUGUCACGUGACUCCUCUUCUACAGCGACCUCCCACUCUCAGCAACUCUCCCACAAUCGCAGUCCCUCUUCACACCAGCAAGUACAACCCAAUCCUGGACAGCAAUCCCACCCUGAUCACAUGUUUCAGCAGAUUCCCGUACCCGACGCACUCGGAGUUCUCCUGGCUCACUGCAGUCUCCAGGCUCCCGGAGGAGCAGAUCAAGGUGUGGUUCUCCACCCAGCGCCUGAAGCAGGGCAUCACCUGGACGCCUGAAGAGGUGGAAGAAGCCCGGAAGAAGAUGUUCAAUGGGAGCGUACCAACCCCACAGGACCUGUUCGCCUGUGUAGCUUCACCUACACCUGAUGAUCCAACUCAUCAGACCAGCUCUGCAUCAAACAGCACAGCAAACAUAUCAUCCACCACUUCUCCAGCUCUCUGUCAGACUCUAAAACACUCUUCGGGAACUCUUCUCUUGGCUUCAGAGCUCAAACGCCCUGCUGUGCACAUGCCUCUACUCAUCACUUCUUCUCCUGGGUUCCCUUAGUCUAAAACAUCUAGCCCUGUGGCCCCAGACAUGGAGAGACCUGUUGCAUAUUGUGUCCUACCUAAAGGGAAACUCCCAAUGGUUCAAUCCAUACAUAGGCCAUAUAUUCAUAAAACAUAUACAUACACAUACAUAUAUAUUAUGAACCUAAGUAUUGUAAGUGUAAGACUCCCCAAUCCAAGACUUAAGUUGUUUUCAAAAGAGGAGAGACUAUUACACUCCCUUAACUCAAUGGGCAAACUAUUCCAGAAAAGUGUGUCUCUGAUAGAGAAGGCUGCAUUUCCAAUCCUGCUUGGUCUAUAUUGAACUAUGCAGUCCCCUCUAGUGGUUGCUCUAUUGGCCUUAUCUUUCUGUUUUAUGAACUGGCACAGUGGUGGUGGAGCAAGUCCACGGUUAGUUCACCUAAAAAUGAAAAUUCUGUCAGUAUUUGCUCAACAUCAUGUUGUUCCAAACCUCUGUGUUUAUUUGUU